CUCUCUCUCUCUCCAGCAGCUGCGCCUCUCAUGCCUUUCCUGACGCUGAGCGAAGCCUCCCAUACAGAUGAGCGCUGGAAGCCACGCACCUCUUGACGUAGCCACAGACCGUUUGCGGUGCCACUCGUUCUCCGUAGCACGUAUUGCGCAACGUGACUGAUGCCCAACUGGCUCCACGGCGGCCACGUCCGGCUCCCACCGUCGCGUGAAUUCAUUAGAAAAGUGGCCUCAUAACAGCCGAGACAUCAGCGGGGGAAUCUCCGAGGAGCUGUGGAGCGACCGUGCGCCGCGCCGCCGCUCACCGCACCGGACUGCAGCCUCCCGUCGUCGUCGCCACCGGGCGUCGGUCGGGGUGCAGUCGUGAUGUGACUGAGAGCGCACGAGUCUUCACUGUCAGCAUCGCCAACGGCAGCUCGGCGACUUUAUCGAGAAUCGGCGAGGAUUGUGCAGCAGAGGUGAUGGCUCCGUUUGACAGCGCGCAGUCAGUGCAGCAGCAGCAUCAGCACCAGCAUCAUCCGCGGAGCGGGUCGUGGCCACAGCUGGAAUAGAGAAGCAAUGUCCGUGGGCACCGAGCCUCCGUCCGCCCGUGGUCUGCAGCGUCUGUGCGCCCCCUCGGUUUUCCACCCCGGGUGUUUUCGCUAAAGACGAGAGGGACACGCGGUUUUCCUGCAAGGAGGGCACCCACCUGGAGGCGAGGAGAGGUCGCUGUUCGUUAUAAGGCCGGGCUUUCUGCAGCCCACUCCCCGCGUCCUCCGCGGCGUCUCCGUGCCGCCAACGCUGCGCUGUUUCAACUUAGAGGCAGUGGACACCAAAACCCCCGCUACCUUUCCUCCUGCCUGCAUACAUACCCCCACAGUGUACACUGAGACUACAUUCGUCGACGUGUGGAUCAGAGCAGUGCUGUGUCUAUGCACCUCAGUCAGGCUGCACCUCCCCUGAAAGGACUUCAUGCCAUUGAGAGCUGGAUAUGCAUUGAUUAACGUGGAAAGGAUGGAUCUUAUUAUCUGUGUUUUGGGGCUGCUGGCGCUGAUCGUGGACGGCAUCCGUUGCCAAGGAGUGUAUGCACCUCCAACUGUUCGCAUUAUACACUCAGGGCAUGCCUGUAAUGUUGAGGAGGAGAGGCACACGGAGAGAGUCUACACCAUCAGAGAGGGAGAGACCCUGGAGCUCACCUGUCUGGUAACGGGGCAUCCUCGGCCACAGAUCCGAUGGACCAAGACAGCCGGCAGUGUGUCGGACCGCUUCCAGGACUCCAGUGUGUUCAAUGAAACGUUGCACAUUGCAAAGAUCCUGAGGACCCAGGGAGGUCGCUACUACUGCAAGGCUGAGAACGGCCUUGGCUCGCCUGCCAUCAAGUCCAUCAGGGUGGACGUCUACUACCUUGAUGACCCUGCGGUGACGGUGCAUCAGAGCAUAGGAGAAGCUAAGGAACAGUUCUACUACGAGAGGACGGUGUUCCUUCGCUGCGUGGCCAAUUCCAACCCGCCUGUCCGCUACAGCUGGCACCGUGGCAGAGAGGUCCUGACGCAGGGCUCGGACAAGGGCGUGGAGAUCUACGAGCCCUUUUUCACACAGGGGGAAACGAAGAUUUUGAAGCUGAAGAACCUGCGUCCGCAAGACUAUGCAAACUACAGCUGCAUCGCCUCGGUCAGAAAUGUGUGUGGGAUCCCUGACCGCAGUGUUAUCUUCAGGCUCACCAAUAAGACAGCCUCCCCGUCCAUCAAGCUGCUGGUGGAGGAUCCGAUCGUGGUGAAUCCGGGCCAGACGGUGUUGCUGGUGUGCAUCACCACAGGUGGGGAGCCUCCCCCCAUACUCACCUGGGUCAGCAGUAAUGACAGCCUGCCCCAGAGAAGCGUAGUGAAGGGUGGUACGCUCACGCUGCCGGCCAUCACUUCAGAUGAGGCGGGGGUCUACAGCUGCGUGGCCAGCAACAAUGUGGGAAACCCGGCCAAGAAGUCCACCACCAUUGUGGUGCGAGCUUUGAAAAAGGGUCGAUUCUGGAUCACACCUGACCCCUACCACAACGACGACAACAUCCAGAUUGGACGUGAAGUCAAGAUAUCUUGUCAGGUGGAGGCGACCCCACCAGAGGAGCUGACAUUUAGCUGGCUGAAGAACGGGCGCGCCUUGCGGAGCUCAGAACGCAUGGUCAUCACCCAAACCGACCCUGACAUCUCCCCUGGGACCACCAAUCUGGACAUCAUUGACCUCAAGUUCACUGACUUCGGUACAUACACCUGCGUGGCCGCGCUGAAGGGAGGGGGCAUCCCUGAGAUCAGCAUCGAUGUCAACAUCUCGUCCACUACUGUCCCUCCUCUGUUUUUCUCUUUCUUAGUUCCUCCAAACCUGACAGUCCCCCGGGGCAAAUCCCCCCUGGUGGCCCGCGAGGGUGACACAGUGGAGCUGGAGUGCCUUGUUUCAGGGAAGCCCAAGCCCAUCAUCCUGUGGUCACGGGCGGAUAAGGAGGCGCCGAUGCCGGAUGGCAACAUGCAGAUGGAGAGCUACGAUGGUGUGUUGCGUAUUGUUAAUGUGUCCAGGGAGAUGACGGGCUCGUACCGCUGCCAGACCAGCCAGUAUAAUGGGUUCAACGUGAAGCCCCGGGAGGCGGUGGUGGAGCUGAUCGUACAAUACCCUCCGACAGUGGAAGCAGUUUACACAGAGAUGCGCCAGGGCCUGGGGAGACCUGUGGUCAUGACCUGCAGGGUGCUGCGAGCCCACCCCUCCCGUGUGCUGAGAUUCGAGUGGCUUCUAUCAAAUCGCCUGCUCCACGCUGGAGCCUUUGACGCCCAAAGAGACGAGACGGAGUACACGAUCCGCAGCCUGAAUCGAGACGGCUGGGGGGAGUACACCUGUAACGUCAUCAAUGAGGCUGGUGCAGGCAAAUGCACCUUCCAGGUUACAGGAAAGGCCUACCCCCCUGAGUUCUACUAUGAUACCUACAGCCCUCUGUGGCAGAACAGACCCAGAGUCUACGGCUUCAAGCUCCAGUGGACCCAGAUGAACCCCAACGCUGUGGACCGCAUCGUGGCCUACAGACUGGGCAUCAGACAGAUGGGGCUGCAGCGCUGGUGGGAACAAGAGAUCCCUGUGAAUAGAACAAUCAACAAAGGAGAGCUCAUGACGCACAACCUGACUGAGCUGAUAAAGCCUGAAUCCUAUGAGAUGCGCCUCACCCCCAUCACACGGUUCGGAGAGGGCAACUCCACCAUCCGUAUUGUCACCUACAGCGCUCCCAUCAACCCUCAUCUGAGAGAGUUCCACUGCAGCUUUGAGGAGGAGCCCAUCUGCAUGUUCACCCAGGACAAGAAUGAUGAUUUCGAUUGGACACGUCAUAGUGCUGCUACCCGCGACACCAAGUAUACACCCAACACCGGGCCAAGUGGUGAUCGCAGUGGUUCCAAGCAGGGUUUCUACAUGUACAUCGAGACAUCGAGGCCGCGGAAGGAAGGGGACCAGGCGCGGCUAAUAAGCCCAUUUUUCAAUGUAGCACCUAAGAACCCUUACGGUAUCACCAACCCACCUGCCUACUGCUUCGGUUUCUUCUACCACAUGUAUGGGAAACAUAUUGGAACACUGAAUGCCUUGCUAAAGCAGAAAGGCCAAACGACCUCCGAGGGUCCUGCAUGGUCGCUAAGCGGUAACCAAGGUGACCUCUGGAAGCAGGCUAAAGUAAGCAUCCAUCCGACAGCGUCCUUCCAGGUGGUACUGGAAGGUGUCCGGGGACCAGGCAUUGAAGGAGACAUCGCCAUCGAUGACGUCACAUUGGAGGAGGGCGAAUGUCGAGACCCACCACCCAAUCUCAGCUCCGAGGCUCCGUCAACAACCUCCCAUAUAUGGCUGCUAUGCAUCACCUUGGUGAUGACCCUCCUAGAAGGUCAGAGGUGACCCUUUUCUCCGUCAUCUCAGAGGCAAACAUUCAGACCCACCGUCUGUGAGCUAUCCUCGGCAUCCAAUCACCAAAGAUUCAUGCAUCCUGAAAGCAGCAGCGGUCCUCUGACGGACCGCGGAGGGACCGAAAAUUAAUAAAAGAGAGAAAAAAAUUGUGAUAAAAAAGUUCCACAAAAAGUAAUAAAGAAGUUGCUCUAAUUUUUUUAAAGAGACCUCUUUUACAGAAAACAAUCCUCGAUGCGGAACUCGGGACGUCUUUACGAGCACAAAGACGGGUGGGCAGUGAGUGAGCCUGGACUUUGGUGAAAGAGUUCACAGGUGUCGAGGGUGGACAGUUUGUAAAGCACAAGAACAAUUUUUUGAAGUAAUUAAAUAUCUUUGGAAGGCGGCGGAAUAUAGACACUGCUGACUUUUUCAAAAGGAAAUAACAUUUCCCUGCUCACAAAUACAUGGAGUCAGACCUUUCUCUGUGUAUCUUCAUCUUCAUCUUCUCGCACCAGAUGCCAAUCCCCGGCACUUGUUUUUCACUCUAGCCCAGCCACACGUCACACCUUGGCAUUUCUUUAUCUGCUUGGUGCUGUACUGUAGAAAAACAAGGACUUUGGCCACUUUUAGUUCUGUCUGCUUACUCCCCUGUAGCUGCCUAUGUAUCUUUUAACACUGUGCUCACGAGUCCAAGUGGCCAACCGACAGUAUGGUGGCAGAACAAUGAAUGAAGAAGAAUCAGCGGAGACGUAGAUGGCUGGACUGAAGGGCAGUAAGAAGUUCAAGCUUAUGGGCUGAAAUGAGAGAUAGAGGCGGAAGGAGGGCAGAGAGGAGGGCUGUUUAAGGGAGGGAGAGGAGGAACAGGCAGAGAGUAGAAAAAGGUCAGAUUAGUCAGGCCUGACUCGAAUAUUCAGUCAGCGGUCAACCUGUGGAGCCGAAGCCACUUUACUUUCUGCCAUGAAACAAAGUGCCUUCAGAUUACAAACCGAAUCGUGAGCCUGGGCGUUAAUCAACAUCGAACACAUCUCUGUUCAUGUUUCCUCUGAUGGGCUAUUUUCUACAUGUUUCUUUUGCCCCACAAGUGCUGAUGGGAGGAUAUGCGUGUUGAGAGGGAGUAUGGGGGUUGUGCAUCACCUGGAUUUUACUCCUGAUGGGACAGUCGCCAGUGUGUGUGUGUGUGUGUGUGUGUGUGUGUGUGUGUGUGUGUGUGUGUGUGUGUGUGUGUGUGUGUGUGUGUGUGUGUGUGUGUGUGUGUGUGUGUGUGUGUGUGUGUGUGUGUGUGUGUGUGUGUGUGUGUGUGUGUGUGUGUGUGUGCGCGCGCGCGCGCGUGCGCCUAUGCCUAUGCCUAGUUCUACAUGAGGGCAGGCGGUGCUGGCAGACCCCAAGCACAGGUUUGGGAACAAUUUGGAUAAAAACAGCGGCUACGGUGAAAGUGAGGCUCUGGAUCUUUUUUGCAUAAAGACAGUUUAAGAUCAUGCAGCAGGAUAAAGACACUUUGUUGAAUUAAUAUCCUACUCUCUUCCCAUAAUUCUCCCUCUCUGCUGGCGAGCUUUUUUUUUUUUUAAAGAAAAGAGCAACUGCUGAAUAAACAUUGUGUUGUACAGGGAGGAGAGUAGGAACCUUUGGACUGCAGGCUCUUCAUUAGGGUGAUUUGCCUCACCCCUGUGCUCCACCAUUUAUAUGGAACAAUAUGAGAAUAAAAGAUAAUAAUGACCAUAAUAAUAGUCAUGAUAUUUUAUUACUCUAGCGAGAAUGUUUCUCUGCUUUUACACAAACUGUGAAGAUUGACUGUGGAAGAUCUACCUGAGACCAUAACCUUAACCAGCGGGGUUUUUAAAAAAAAUGUAUUGUAAAAAAGAGAAAAUAAGAAAAUGAAAAAUUCCGUUCAUUGUUGGUUAUGACAAAUGUUUUGAGGACUUGUGUCUUGUUUCUUAUUUUUUCUGUUGAAGAUGACUUAACUUCCUUUCUCUUCUUGUUGUCUCCCUUUGCAUUGCUGAAGUAUCAAAGCUGAUGGAAGCAUAAGAAGUAAACCAAUUUGGUAACUGUAUAACUUGUAAAUGUUAAAGAAGCUCUAUUCAAAGGUUUAUGAUAAAUGUUUUAUGUUGGAGUACAGGAAGCACAACAGUUCAAGGUCUCGACAUAUAAUAUCCAUUUUAUAUUUCUCUGCACAUGCGUGACCCACUUCCACAAAUUCAGGCUUAUCGACAUUCUGAAACAAGUCUAGUUUGUCUACUUGUUAAAUUCAUAUUUAUAGUGCAACCACAAUGCAAGAGAACACGAGCCCAGCAUAAAGAUGGGUAGAGCUUCACGGUGUUGUGGUUGUGCAGCGUAUGUAGCCUCCUCGGUGGAAGCCUGGGUUGGUCUAAGUGGGUCAUGCACAUGUGUGGGUAUAAAGCCGUGUACAAUAGGUGUGAAAAGAAACUGAUACAUGUAAAGAAGAUAAAUAUGCUAAGCAAAACAGAGCAGGCUGAUGAACAUUUCAGGGCAUCCUUAUUAUAUCAUUAUGGUUUGUAUUAUGUUAUUACAGAGACAUUAUCAAAGGUAUUAAAUGUUGUCCAUCUCUUUUUUAUUUUUAUUAUUUUUAGACACUUUCAGACAUUUUCAUUUCUGUGUUUUUUAUUACCAUAGGCCCAAAUCACAAUGAAUGUAAAUGGAGUUCUGGGGAGAGUUGUUUUUGUUACAGUCUUACUAGAUGUAAUGUUUAACUAAAAAUCUGGGGUUGUGUGUGUGUGUGUGUGUGUGUGUGUGUGUGUGUGUGUGUGUGUGUGUGUGUGUGUGUGUGUGUGUGUGUGUGUGUGUGUGUGUGUGUGUGUGUGUGUGUGUGUGUGUGUGUGUCUGCGUGCGUGCGUUCGCUCGCGUGCGUGCGUUCGCUCGCGUGUGUCUUCGCGCGUCUGCACGCAUAGGCUAUUUUGGACAUGUCAAGAACAGGAAGUGCGUCUGAGUUUGACACAAUUUCCAAAAAUAUAAGUUCUGAUAAACUCUCCAUUUGCUGAAGUCGCUAUAUCAUUCUGUGGUAUAGAAGUUAACUAAAAGUGCCAAAGUGCCCUGUGUAGUUGUCAGUGUGGAUAUGAGUUUCUGAAGACAUUUUGGGUAACUGUUUCUUUUACAGAGACCCCGAGCACUGAGGUCAAUUCAGGAUAUGAAUGGGUAAUUUGCAGAAGAUAUAGUUAGAAAUUACAGCUGAAUUUACAUAAAAGAGCACCUUCGGAAUUUGUUGUUGUUGUCAAUGGAUUAAAAGAAAGGUGUUAACAUUUGGAAACUAAGUUAAAGUCACUGCCUUGUCAAGAGUCACAUAUCAGCCCACUGAUUAUGAAACUCCCACCAGUACCACCAGUACCACCAGUACCAUGGCUUAGUUCAGCUUAUUUGAGACUGAAACAAAGGGAAAUGGUUUGCUUGGCUCUGUCUGAACAACUUCCACUUUUCAGCACUUCUAAAGCUCUCUAGUUAACACGUUACAUCCCUUUUGUUUAUCUGUACAAAAACCAAAGAAUAAAAAGAAGUUGAUUUAGUUGUGCAGCUUGCCAGGACAGUAGCUGGAAUGUCAGGAAAUCACUGCUCCCAGCCAAGAAGUAGUUUGGCAUGUAACAUUUUUUUGUACGAAUUAAAUAAACCACGAUAUAACAAGUUAAUGUGUGAGCUGUAGAGGUGCGGCCAGGCUGAUUUUGUCAUCAUCCAAUUGGGUCAGGCUUGAUAUGAUCCAGUCUUUGUGCUAUGCUAGGCUAACUGGCUACUGGUUACUUCAUAUUAAAGAAUCAAAGUUGUGACCUUUUUAUCUAGUGUAUUGUGCCAAAUGUCAAACGAUUCCCAUUGGUCCUGAGCUAGAACCAGGAGGUGAUAACCAGCGAGCCUGGGUCUCAGUAAAGUUCAAAAAUACGUCUCUCAGCACCUCUAAAGCGCAGUUAUUAACAAGUAUUUCACAAAAUAUCAUACUAGUGCUUUGAUAUAAAGCUGAGUUUUUAGUAUGAAAAAAAAAUCUGUGUAUUCCCUCUCAGUCACUUUUUCUUUUCCCUGGGGGAUUGUUGGACAUUUUAUUAGCUUUUCAGAAAAUAUGAAACACCUCAUUUUUAUCCUAGUUCUGUGAUGUAUUAAUUAUUGGGUACAUUCAUACAUAUAUGCAACAUUUUUCUUCAAGUUUUCUCACAAACACAACUGGAAUUAGAGGUCAAACUGUAUCCUUGUUUGUUUUCGUGGUAUCACAGCUCCCACCGUUUCCUUUAUUUCCUUUUCUGUGCCGUUCAAACGGCCUCUGCCCUUUGUGUCUGCGAGAGAUGUGAACCUGGCGAGUGGCUUACACCCUCAGCUCUGUCCAGUCUUUUGAUAACAGUCUUCUAAGCACCUUCACUACUAAAGUACAAUUGGAGGGGAUUAACAGUUUCUGAAUGUGGAAACACUGUUAUGUUACAGUUUGGUUUCAAACAGUGUUUACUGAAUCUGUUUUAAUGACGAGAGGCCUCAGUAGUUCCGAUUAGUUUGGGUGCUGGAGCUGAAGGUGUCCACGUGGGUUGUGGGGGGGGGUCGUCUCUGCACCAAGACAUUCAAUGUGUUAUGCUUCUCAGUAAGUAGACCAUCAGAUGUUUGUCACAACAGCCACUGAAGGUUGACGCACAUGUAGGCGCACCAACUUUAAGUGGUCAAACAGUUUACCCUAAACACCCUAAACUAACAAGUUGUGGUGAUCUUGCCAUAAUUUGUACUAAAAGGUUAAAAAUAAUUUAAAAAAAUUAUGUUUCCUUCUUGGUAAACCGUCCAUGAUGAAGUAAAAUUGAAUGGUUUCUAAUUAUUUUUAGAUUUCCUGUCUAAGAAAGACACUAAUAGUACAGACGGAGCACUGAAGUCAUCUUUGCAUUAAGUGGCUGCCUUACAGUCGAUGGGCUAAUCCGCUGACUAAUAAUGUCCAAUCAUGUAGCUGUAGAGUGCCGCCACAAUAACCUGAUACGUCUCUCUUUUACUCCACUUUCUUUAAUUCCUUCGAUUCCUUCGACCAAACAUCGUUAUUUAUUGUCCACAUCUGGUCAGGAAGGUGUUGCUUUAACUCCUUAGUUAUUUUGAAGCAGUACAUUGUGGUGGUGUUUUAUUUGAUUGUAUUAUGUUUAUGCCCCUCUAUAAAGUAAAUGGUAAAAUCAACUGUAUUUUUAUAGCACUUUUGUAGUCUUAUCGACCCCUCAAAGCGCUUUACAGUACAGUACAGGCCACAUUCAUGCAGCGCUUUUUCUAUCAGACAGGGUGGCAUUUCUCAAUAUGAUGCAAUCAAAUAAAACUACCAGAAAGGACCGCCUGGAAAUGCACUGUUCAACUACAAGUCAACACAGAAUGCUAAAAUAGUAAAGCUUAUACUCUAAACAAAUACUAAAUCUACAAAAAGAAAAAGGCUGUUUGAAUCAGUUGUAUUGCCAUACAUUGUAAUGGUCACAGUAUAACUUGGAAAUUGCCUUUUUCCUUUGCAACACUGCUGAAAACAAACAACACAAAUAAAUCUUUAUUGCAUGGAAGAGGCGAUAACCAUUUGGUAGAUGGGAGGAGGGGGGCUGUAUGCUGUGCAGGGUAAAGUGACAGACAGUGUUUUCCUCUUUGAAGGCAGUUUCACCUUGCUUUGUGAAAACAUGACAUAUUUGACCUGCUUCUUUUGUGCAACUUCUUUCUAUGAUACAUUUUUAAAAGGAUUAAACAGAAGAGGAAAUAGCAUAUUGCCGGAUAUGGUGGGGUCCUGGAAUACCAAGGGGAAAAAACAAAGACUUGCUUUCAAUGCUAUUUCAUAUUAGAUUGUUUAGAAAAACAAAAACAUCUGUUUUUGUGCAUUGAUGAAUAAAUUAAAGAAUUAUUCACUUGUGCAUGAAUGUACCCAGUGCUUUGGCUAAUGCCAUUAAAGUGGAGGUACUGCAGGAUUAAAGGAUGGGGUCUUUCACAGUUUGUGCAGGCUGUUGAUUGAUACGUCGCAAUCAUUUCCAAGGUUCUUUUGGUAAAUUUGAUUAAAACUAUUCAUGUGAGUAGAGCCAUGGCUGGUUUGGUACGUGAGAAAAUAAAUGUCAUUUAAACAAACUGUUCCUAGAAAGUGCAGACCUUGUAAUAUACAAGUGGCAAAGAUUUUGAGAAGAAAGUCAUUCUGUUCAGACACGUGCUGCUGAGCUCAGCCAGUUUCCAACUGUAGUGCCGUGAACCGUGCAUUUAAAGAAAUCAUUUUUCAGCUGUAACUUGAGUUACUCUACCUGGUAGUUUAUUUUUCCUACCUUGUAUUUAAUGCCUCGUGCUUCGAGGGGGUCUGAAAGAAACAGUCCCAACAUUUCUUUCUGAGUGAAAAUGUUCUCAUUUUCUGUUCAACCUAAGAAGGGCUUUGUCACAUUGUGCCAUUCAUCACCCCCAUGAAAAGAAAAAAAAGUCAUUUCCACUAGCGUGAUACGAUUGCCGCUGGUAGCCCUAAUUAUUGCUACACAACAUCCAGCUCUCUUGGUAUUGAUUCAGCAAAGACGAGGGGGGAACGAGCACCGUGGUUUCACACGACCUGCGCUGGCAGAGCUGACAGUCACGGGGAACUUGGCAGUUCAAGUGUUCACAUAAAGGACUCAAACAGGGAGCAGAAUCUCAUUGUAAAACUGAAACUUAAAAAAAAAGAACUGAUUUUGAAUAUAUUGGUGCAUCCCGUUCACUUCCAGACAAAGGCUAGGCUGUAGUGAGUGACUCGCCGACAGGAGGCUGACUGCAGUCUCAGUGAAUAGCUGGAAAAGAUAGACACCUCUCAGAGAUCUCAUGUUACUCUGUCAGGACAGAGGCAGCAUGUCGCUCUUUGAUGCCACGGCGGCUCAGUCUGACAACUUCACCAGAGGGGAAACCGCCGCCUCUUGCAACCUACUCUCUCGGGUGUUGGAGUGAGGCUCACUGCUUCUCGGUGGCUUCCCUCCUCUGUCCGUCCUCGCAUUCUCUUUCACCUGCUCUGAUCGGGAAUCACAGGCCAGGCAGGAGAAACGUUCGUCGCGCACACACUCCCCCUUGUCCAUGUCCAGCUAAUAACCAUCAGUGCACCCAACUGUGUCCAAUACAACCAACCAACCCCCCACCCCCACGCUCUUGAAACGUCCCCUGGAAAGGCUGUGGAGAACGCUGUGUGUCAGUGAUGUUAUUUAUCUUGUUCCGUGCUGACACCCUGUAAUGAUGAUGACCUGUCACUCUUCUCUGUUUUGUGCUCUAUAUUUAUAUACCGUAUGAUCAGGCUUCUUUUUCACUGUAUUUCUUUGAAUUUGUCACCCAUUUUUUUGUGCCAUACCUGCAACUAAUGAAAAAAAUAAAGAAAAGGAAUAUUUUA